AUGGCAGACAAAAUUGGCCAAAAGAUCCUCCACGGCUUCCAGAAAGGCCUCGACGAGCUCAAGAACCAGGGCUCCUCGGGCUCCUCCCAUCCGGCCGCAAACCAUCCUGGAGCCCCUGCUAUCGGAAGACGAGUUAUCAACAGCGACGAGCGCCAUGUCUCAUUCAAUGGCAGAGGCACCUAUCCUCGUUUGACUCGCCUGUCCGACGGUUCAAUUCUGGCUUCUUGCACCCAAUUUGAAGGCUCGACUCGCGUCCUGCGCGUUUCCCGGAGUACCGACGGCGGCCAAUCCUGGGCAGAGCAUGGCGAGGUGUCUCGGGCUGACGGCGACUGUGACAACGUGUUCUUGCUGGAGGCCGCGCCGGGGGUCAUUUUGGCGGCGUUCCGCAACCACGACAUUGGCCCGCACGGCCCCACGCAUUUCCGCAUCACCGUCUGCCGGUCCACGGACGGCGGACGAUCGUGGCAGUUUGCGUCGCAAGCUAUGGAGAAGGGUCCCCCGAAUGGUAUCUGGGAGCCCUUUAUGCGGAAGGGCCGUGGUGGCGAGGUGCAAUUGAUUUACUCGCAGGAGUUUGCCCACAACAACCAGUGUUCGAUGAUGGUUACUUCGACCGACCACGGUUCGUCGUGGUCGCCACCACGCUGUCUGCACGGGGAGACAGAGUGCCUCCGUGAUGGCAUGACUGGUAUUGCCGAGACUAGGGAUAAUGGCCGGGAGGCCUUGGUGAUGGUCUUCGAGACGACGCGACACGGUCCCUUUAAUGUCGAAGCGUUGCUUUCCUACGACGACGGCCGGACCUGGGGCUGGAGGCAGAACGUGUACACGCCGGCUCGUGGCCACAACUGUGGGUCGCCGCAGAUCGCAUCGUUUGCGGACGGCACGUUGGCCGUCAUCUUCAUGACUGACGAGAGUCAGUCGCAGGUGCAGUGGACGCGCAACGCAACGGUCAGCGUCGUGUUUGGCCAGGCGCCUCACAACGGACAGAUCCAAUGGAGUAGGCCGGAAGUGAUCUGUGACAAGAUCAGUCACUGGCCGGGCAUCAUGGCGUUGGACCACCAUACGUUGCUGGCAGCGUAUGAGUGCGGAGGUCCUCGCGCGAGGACCAUUUCGUGGCAUCCAUAG